GUGAUGGUGCAGAAGGCACGUGCCUGAAUGGGCAGAGCUGAUUUGCUGAAAAUGAAACUUAAAGACUCUAAACGCUCUCUGCAGGAGCAGAAGGAGGAGAACCUGCGUAAGCGCCUCAACUACACCACCCACAAGCUGGAGCAGCUGGAGGCCGAGUUUGACUCCACGCGGCAGUACCUGGAGACGGAGCUGCGCCGCGCCCAGGAGGAGCUGGACAAGUUCAUGGACAAACUGCACAGGGUCCAGAGCAGCUAUGCAGCCUUGCAGCGGAUUAACCAGGACCUGGAGGACAAGAUACACCAUACGAAGCAACACCAUGAAGAGGAGAAAGGAGCACUCAGCCACGAGAUCAUUGUCCUCAACAAUCACCUGAUGGAGGCCAAAAUCACCAUUAAAAAGCUCAGAGAAGACAAUGAAGUGUAUCGCAAGGACUGCAACCUGGCAGCUCAGCUUCUGCAGUGUGGGAAAACUCAUUACCAAUCGCACAAGGUAUUGGAGCUCCCAAUUGACUUCCAGGACCGUCUCAGCUCCCACAUGGAAAAGCAUUGUGGCCACAGUCGUGCGGUGGCGGCACUGUGCCACUCCCCGUACUCCGACACCUCCUCCGUGCCUGCAUCAGUCAUCGGCAAGGUCCUGGAGAAGCCAGAACCAGGAAGAAUCAGCCCACGGACACGGUCGCCGAGCCCACAACAUCCGGAUGUUGACGUGUUCAGGUCCUCCAUGGACAGAAGCGGAAUCGGAAUCGGGGAGGGCAGCACCAUCACAGGGGGGCUGAGAGGAGGACAAGGACGAGCGGGACGAGGAGGAGGAGGUGGAGAGCAACUCCAGCAGCGGCACAAGAUGCCGGACCUAUAUAGCAGCGACACGGCGCUCUACUGCCCCCUGGAGGACCGGAGGCGUGAGCGCUGGCAGGAGCGGAGGCAGAGCAUGGACAUGCAGGGAAACGAGGCCGGCGGCUUGCAGCUGCUGCACGCUCAGAACUCCACCGACAGCAACCCCGACGACGACGGCAGUCUGAGUAGUAGUGGGGUUGUGGAAGUCGGGGCGGACGGGUUUCUCUCCUCCGCGUCCUCUGCCUCUGGAGUCUUCGGGUCCCACCGCCAUCACUCCUCACAUCCGUCCUUCCACAAAUUCACCCCCGCUGGAUCGCUGCCAAUGUCCAGCUCGUACUCCGGUUUCAGUGCUACUUCCGAUGAGAAAGCUGGGUGUGGCCUGGGCCUGGGCCUGGGCGGAGCUCUCUCCUCCUCCCAGCAGCUUCUCCACAGGGACUGGCGGGAGGCCGGCAGCACGGAUUACCAGCGCAAAACGAGCGCAUCGUCGUACGAAAGGGGGAGCGGGCUGGGGUUUCAGAAAUCGCGCAGCUUCCAGCACAUGGGUCAGCUUACUGGCAGCCCACAGAACAACAGGGGCGGUGUGCAGAUCAGUAGCGCCGCCGCCCCUCCUUCCUACAGGCGCACACCGUCAUGCUUCAGUGAGCCCUACCACUCACCUCACCUCCCGCCCCGCAAUAACGCUGUCUUUUCGUCAUCAGACGCACUGCGGCCAGAUAGCCGGGAGAGCUACGGCAGCAGCAGCAGCAGCAGGGUGGGGGUGGGCGUCCGUGCCUGUGAGGAGGAUUUAAGCCGACGCUGGCGCCAGCUAAGCGUGGAAGAGCUCAACGCCAUCUCCUACCGAGGGCAGAGUGGCCGUGUGUCGCCCUUCAGCUUCUCAGAGUGCCACUUUGCAACAACAAGCCCCACCAAAACCAAGCUGGGGCCCCUAUACAACAGCCUACAGAAGGGUGAUGACUCCGUCUUCCUGGGCCGCACCGUGGAGCCCUUCUCAUACACCGCCGGUGUCACAGCUGCCGCACCCACGUCGGCUAGUAGUCCGAGGCCAAGUCCCGGCCCCAAGCUGCCUCCUCGCCGGCAAGAGAAGAGAAGCCUCUACAGAGCAUCGAAAGAUGACAGCCAGGAGGAGUUGGAAGUAAGCGUACUCCAUUCAGCGAGUUCGAAAAACAAUAGGGACAGGAGUAUGAAGAAGGAGUGUGUGGACGUGGACGCGAGUCCGAACAGCUCAGCAGAACCUAGUCUGCACCAAAGCCCCCGAAACACCUCAGCCUCCUCCUCCACUCUGCAUCACUAUAAACGUCCUCUCCUGCCACCCCCUUUACCCCCCCAACGGAAAACGCCCAGGCAAUACCAGAAAUUUGGUACUACAGGGCUCAGCCGAAAAGACAGUCUGACGAAAGCACAACUGUAUGGGACCCUGAUGAACUAACAAAGCUUAGCCAUGUGUUUCAAAUGAACUGGGGAGACUUUGGGGGGUGCCACGGAUAGCAAACAAAAGUACUAAAAGAGUGUUUCAUACCCUCAUUCUCAUGCAGAUGAACAUUUCCUCUACCUUAUAAAACAAACAUUUAUCUAAUGAAACACCAUCGUGUCAGUUGCCAAAUAGCCAGCAUGCUAACAGCAGGUUUUAAAGGGACACUGUGCAGGAAAUGGUCAAAAA